AUGGAAGAGGCGGCCCUCGGGCGGCUCAAGCGUCUGGCCAUGUGGCGGUGUCUCCAGGUGUGGGCGGUGCUGGGUGUGCUCGGGGCGGCCCUAGGGGAGGAGGGGGGAGGUGGCGUGGUCGUCGCGCCGCCUGAAGAGGUCAGCGAAGGGGAGGCCGGGGUCGCCCAGCCUCUUAUGGGGACCGUCGUCGUGCCGUCCUUCCCUUCCACGUUUCCCUUCAUGGAGUUCACGGACUAUGGAGUACUGGGUCACCUUGCACCCUCCGCCCGCCCCUCACGCCCGUCUGGAUCGCCCAGCCACGCCCUCGAGAGCCGCCACGGACGACUCCCGAACCACAACAACCGCCACAGACACGACGACGCGGCAGACCCUAUCUUGCAGGGUUCUGUCCCCGUCAACGCCUACCACAACCCAACGACAGGCGUGAAGGGGUCUCGGUGGGCGCCCUCGGCCUCCUCGGACACGGCCUCCUGGGGGUCCAGUUGGGGAGGCAGGUCAGGCUCCGCGGGCCCCUUCGAAAAUACGCUUGACGGAGGCGGCGACGGCGAGGGGACGCUGAAGGCCGCUCUCAACACGCUGUGGUCACACCGUUGGGCCACCAAACUUGAGGCAUCCAAAACUGCAAACGACGUCUACACCAGCCUGGAGGAUACGGACGCGGUGAGCAAAACCUGGCUGGACAUGCUCGAGAAUCACGGCCACGGUUCGUCCGCCUCCGUGAACCACCGCGAUGAUGGACCCCGCCACGCGUACCAGCCUGGAACCGGUUCUAGCAAGGAUCAUCAAUCGGGCUUCGGAUUUGGCCAGACGUACCAGCCCGCUUUGAAAUCUGGCGAGAGAUACCGCCCAAGCCUGAGCUCGAGCCAGGCCUACCAACCACGCCCGAAACCAAACCAGGCUUUCCAGCCGAGCCUCAGACCUAGCCAGGGCUACCAACCCCAGCCCGGGAUGAGAACCAAGCAGACGUUCCAGGCUUCCGGUUCCUUCGCCGGGGAACCCCUUCACCCUCAAAAGUCCUUCGGGAGUCUCAAGAACCCUAGUCAGCGACCAACAGUCCCUGCAGGAGGACGCCGCCCAAUCCUUCUCGGUCCGAGUCCUAACGGAGGAUGGCAGGUAGGGUCUACCCAGAAUCCUUUAAGGCAGCAAGGGACCCAGCGUAUGGACGUCGGCAAAGUCCCCCAGGGCGCGAUCAAGGGCUUAGGCACGCCCUGGAGGAGAACUAGCGGUGCAGCGGUUUCUGACCGACGGAGACUUCACGUCGGGAAUGCAACGCCCCUGCAGAUGGUCAGAAUCAGACAUCCCAUUAGCCAGGCCGGACUCUCCCUUCAGCAAGGAAUGAAGAAUGACAGGACUCUCUCGACAGCCUAUCUGCCCAACGGCCGGCCAUCAGGCGUCGGAUUCACAAAGCCCGGGACUCAUGGCGUUCGUGUGCAGCCUCCCCUCACGCCCUCUCGCCUGGGCCUCGCUUCGACCUCCCUCCAGGGGGGAACCAACUGGAUGAGGCAGGACGCUGUUGGAGGCGCUGGUUCCACGGGUUCAAUCGGUCCUACAGACAGAACCAUGAUGUUGGAAACGGAGAGCGGGCUGUCAGCUUCGACGGGAGAGCCUCACGUAACAGCUGGACAUAAAGGGUUAAGGAAUGGCCAAACUGCUUUAACGGAGGAGCAAAUCAUCCUCAUGUCGGAUCUCAUGACUGGACAAUCAGACAUGAUGAGCGGACAAGGGAAUUACAUGACAGGACAGACUGUAAUGACAGGACAAGGAGGAAUGACGUACACUGGACUGAAGAACGCAGCCAACACUGGUGAAUUUUUAAUCUCUAGUUCUUCUUGUGGUAUUAUUUUACAUGCCAAUGGUUAAUCAUAAUUUGAUUUCUUAUCAUUUAAAAUUCAGUAGCCAUAUUUUUCU